AUGUGCCCACAAUUUGACCGGCUGUCGACCACGGUCACUUCUUCAAAUACGGGUGAUGAUUUUCAAAAGGGAGACUGUUCACACAGACCCAGCUUCUCAACAAAUGAAUCUCAAGUGUCAAAUUUGACGAAAAAUCUUCUUUCUUCAUCGGCUAGUCGUCAUGGUAAUCAAAGUAAUAGCCAACCUAACGAUGAUAAUGUCAAACCAUCUCAAGAACAAAAUCAACGUGAUCUGCAACGUCAAUCGCAAGAACAAAAUAAGUUGAACCAGCCCGGACAUUUGUUACCAGAACAAUUACAAAGUCAACUAGAAGAAGAACAAACAAGUCAACAGCCACUUCCGAACCAUCCACCCAGCUAUAGUGUGUCUGAAAUCUCAAAUUCGUCUCAAAGUAAUAAGUUUGUAUCAUCAUUUGGUCAAUCAGGCAUGUAUUUUAAUCAACAGCAUCCCCCCUCAUAUCCAGAUCAUGGUGCAGUAAAUAAUAGUUUUACUUACAGAGCUGGCAAUAAUUCAAUGAACUAUAUUCCUUCUGACCAUAAUACACCAACAAUGGUUAGCUCGUCAUAUUCUUCCAAUCCUCCCCAUACACCAUCGUUUCAAAACAUGAAUAUGAAAAAUAGUAAUCAUUUUGUUACCCAACCCUAUAAUCAAAGUCAAUCAUUUUCAGGAAAUCUCAAGCCAAGCGUCAUGAAUUCUGCUCAAGCAAUUCCAACUACAAAUGUUUCCAUGGAUUCUGUUAAUUCAAGUUCAUUUACAAAUACCUCUUUUGCGAAUCCAUUUUCUCGCCCGGCGACAGUUGCACAUUCCCAAAAUAAGUUUCCUCAUUCAUUACCCAAUGUUGGGCUGUCCCAAGCAGGUUUUGUACAAGCCCCAACUCCAUUUCAAAGAUUUUCUUCAAUUAAUGAUAGACAGGUUUCUGAUAAUGAAUCUCUGUCUCAAGAACAAUUUCAGCCAGAAGGCACCCAAGGAAUUACUUCGCAUCCACAAUUAAUAAACUUGGAACCUGAUCACUAUAUGACUUAUAAGGAGUUCUUACAUAAUUUAAACGUGGAAAGCUCCAUAGCUGCCAACGAAAAUAAUGCGGAGGCUGAGGAGCACUUGAACAUUAUUGAUUAUCCGGUUAAUGACUUAAUAAUGAUGUUAGCAUGCUUACUAACUAAGAUCAUAGAAGCUAAUGAUAAAUUACAUCCUAAUCAUUUCGACAAUACCAUUAACAUUAGGCACAAAUUGAAAGAGCAGAGAAAGUUAAAGAAGCUUCGGAAACUUGAGGCGCAGAAAAAAGCAGAAGGUUUAAAUAUUAAUGACUUCUCUAUUAGCUUCGACGAUGUUGAAAUAUCUGACGAUGAGCAAGAUGAAAAGAAAAACAAAUACCUAGCUAACGUAUUGGCAUUCCAUGGAAAAAAUGUUCCAGGUAUAUCUUUGCAUGCCUAUUUGGCAAGAGUUUUAAAAUAUUGUCCAGUAACUAAUGAAGUCUUUCUAUCAUUGUUAGUCUAUUUUGACAGAAUCGCAAAGAAAGCCAAUAACCUAAAAAAGCAUGAAAAUGAGGGUGCUGAAGGCGAUGAAAUGUCUGAACAGCUUUUUGUUAUGGACUCCUACAAUAUUCAUCGUUUAAUCAUAGCAGGAAUAACAGUUUCUUCAAAAUUUUUCUCCGAUAUUUUUUAUAAGAACCUCAGGUAUGCCAAAGUAGGCGGUCUUCCCUUAGAGGAAUUAAAUUACCUUGAGCUACAAUUUUUAUUAUUAUUGGAUUUCAAACUCAUGAUAUCUGUCGAAGAUUUGCAAAAUUACGGGGACCUCCUAUUAAGGUUUUGGAAGCGAGAGCAAGUGACUAGUGAACUUGUAAAUCCUGAUGUUCAUCGCUCUUGA